AUGGUCAUCUCCAACAGCAUACUAACUAGACUCUCAAGGCACUGGGUAGACAAGAACUGUAUUGGCUGGGCCCAAAACUACUUUGAAGAAAACGUGGUCAAUGUCUCCGGAAAUACUGACGGAACAACAGUGACUAUUUCCAAGGUAAAUUCUCUGGACGGUGAUGUCGAAGUUUGCCAAAGAAAAGGCAAAGUGAUCUCGUUGUUUGAUCUCAAGGCAAAUUUGGGUUUCGUAUCUUCCGGCAAACAACAAGGAGUUACAGGAACGAUAGAAGUCCCGGAAAUUGCUUAUGACACAGAGAGUGAUGAGUACCAGUUCCAGAUCUCCUUUGGUGGAGAAUACGCAUCCGAGACCCAGGAUAUCGUCACCAAGAUCAUCAAGUCUAAAAUAAUUCCAACGCUCAGGAAGACAUUUUCAGCUUUUGGUCCUAAGCUCAUCAAGGACCACGCUUCUGAGAUUCAGGAACCAGAAGACCAGGUUAAGUCAGUUUUUACCAAGCAGAACCAAAGUGGGACGUCGACUAAGACAUCUACCACAAUAUUCAAGAAGGAAGAAAAGCCGGCAGCGGCCUCAGUCGCAGCACCGGCCCAGUCACAAUCACAUUCAACCGCCAAUACUUCAAAGUUGCACUUCGAAGAGGAUUUCGUGUGUCCAGCAGAUGUCCUAUAUCUGACUCUCUUGGAGAAAAACCGGGUUUCGGCAUGGACUCGGUCACAGGCCGAGAUCUCACCCGAAGAGGGAACCGAAUACAGUCUCUUUGGUGCUAACGUGACAGGAAGAAUCCUUAAACUCACUGCACCCACCGGGAUUGUCAUGUCGUGGAGACUCAAGUCCUGGAAACCAGAACAUUACGCUACACUUACGAUUGCGCUAGAACAAGGCUCGUCUGCAACAAAGAUGGUGGUGGACUUUGAAGGUGUCCCAAUAGGCCAAGAAGACGUUGUCAGAGACAAUUUCGAGGAUUACUACAUCAGAUGCAUCAAGGUGACUUUUGGGUUUGGUGCUGUUUUGUAA